AUUUCCUUUUAGUGGUUUUGAAUAUCCCACCUUUAAAUGUAAUUGAGUGUCCUCUAGUUCUUGUGUUAGGAGAUAGAGCUGGAGCUCCAGCUCUGUAGUUUCUAAACCAUAUGCUUUUAUCAUCAUGUCCCAUUCAUCUCCUUUCUCCAGGAGAAACAAUCCCAGUCUUUCCAAUUUCUCUUCAUGCGAGAGGUUUUUCCCAGCCUUGGAUUACUAUUCCUCCUCUCACUUUUGCAAAACUGGAGGGGGAUUUAGAAAGAGAAAUACUCGCACCCUAGCUACUGAGGGCUGAAAGCCCCUCCCAAGUUUGAGCCCUCCAACAAAACAAAGCAAGGCAACAUCUGAUAAGGUAGAACAUAGGCAAAGAACUCGAGGGGAAAAAAAGGAAACAAAAAAACAUACACCUCCCAAUUUCAUUUUCCAUUAUAGGUCACAAACAUAGCUUCUCUAUAUCUUAGAUACACUCCAUUGAACUAUACCAGUCCAACAUAAAAGUAUUCUUAGGAGAAUAAAAAACAACUAUUUAAUCUUUAAGUAAAUGGAAAAGUCUCUAAAUUAGGCUCUUAUCUUCUUUAAAGAGUCACUACCAUACCCUGCAGACAAUCUAACACAGCAACAGAUCUAUGCAUUAUUUUCACUGGAUGUUGACUCUGUCACAAUGACAUGAGCAGAGCAAGUUUCCAAGGAAUUCCAAAUACAUGUUGGAUUGCAUUUGAAAAGGUGUUUUAGCACAAAACAAAUACUCCAGGCACUAUAUAAAUGCUUAACACCAGCCAUAUGAUAAACAAGAAAUCUCAGGUAGGUAACCUUUGAGACUGCCUUUUUUGUUUUCCUACACACGUCCUCUCUCCUGUCCCCUUUCCUUCAGUUUUAUAUUUUUUACUUGUGGAGGGAAAUAAGGUAAGUUUCAUACAUUUUUAUUUCUUAUUAAAGAAUAAACUCACCUAUAAAAGCUGGAUCUCUGUAAGGCAACCAACUACCUCAUACACAUCUACCUUUAGUAAACAUUACAAAUUUCUCUGAAAGUUCAUGAAAAAUUGGGAGUUGAAUCUGGACUCAAGGAAAUAAAAGAAGUGUCACUAAAAAGCAUAUUACAUUUUCCUAUCUUUAUUAAGUUUUCAGGUUUAAUAGAGUCUAUGCCCACAACACUCAUGUUUCUCAGAAGCACUAUGCUGGGAAUUCUCCUUAUCUGCAUUCUCUGGACAGAGACUACCAUGGCUGGAUCUAGUUUUUUAAGCCCUGAAUAUCAAAACACACAGCAACGAAAGGAUCCAAAAAAGCAUACAAAGUUAAACCGCCGGGCUGCAGAAGGAUUUUUGGAUGUAGAUGCAAGGCAGGCAGAAGGAGACAACAAUGAAAUAGAGAUUAAGCUUAAUGUUCCCUUUGAAAUUGGUGUCAAGAUAACAGAAGACCAGUACCAGGAGUAUGGACAAGUUCUGGAGAAGAUCCUAGAGGACAUUCUUGCAGAGGACACUAAAGAAACCCAAAAUUGGCAUGAGUUGAAACAUGAAGAUGUUACAAACUGAUUAGAGUACAACAAAGUUCCACUCAUGGGCUUGGAUUACUUUAAAUCUUGCUUUACACAUUGUGCAACAGAUGAUAAUAGCAUGCGUUAAAAAGACAAAUGUAUGAAGCUGAACAGUUCACAGUUUUAAAAAAAUGACAUUUUGUUUUGUAACGUCUUUUGAUGAAGUUGGAAGUAGUAUAUGUAUGGUAGAUGACAGCAAGCAAGGUCAAACACACUGAAAUCUAAAUUGUUUUCUUACCUUUCAAAACUAUGUGACUGAAGCUACCUGUUCUAAAAAAGUGAGGGAAAAACUGUUAAAUUACCAUAUGCUUCUUGAAGCAGAAAAUAAAGCUAGUGUUGAAACCGCAGUCAUUUGUUAACUGAUUCUAUAUACAUGUGGCACUAGAUGCAAAUUUCAGUCUCCAUUAUACACCUAUGUAUACGAUAAAGGGCCAUGUAUAUGAAGUCAUCUUUUAAUAGCUGAGUUAAUUACAUAAGGCAGGAGUCCCCAACGGCAGCAUUUCGGUGGGGACGCCUCUCGAUGACGACUCUUGCCGUCGACAAGUGACAUCAUCAAGAGGCGUCGCU